ACAACGCCACUUUCUUUUCUUAUUUGUUUUGAUUUGUAUAUGUGAAUAUAACCUUCAAAAGCGAGGGAUCUUCAAAAAAAAAAAAAUCAGUUGGUUGGGUUGUUUAAAUGCUUAAGCGAUAUGGAAUUUCCGGCAGAGCGAAAAAUUUUGAAAGGGCGAAGACGUAAUAAGGGAAACACACAAAGUCCAUGCAAGGAGUCAGUCCAUAAAGAGCCAGUACAAAUAUCCAGAGGUGAAGAGAGGUGUCUUGCAAAUAACAGAUUGAAGAGGUUGAGAGCAAGCUUGGGCAGUUCUGAGAGUCCCAUUAAGAAGCGGGUAAAAUCUGAUGAUCACAAUGUCACAACUCCGGCACAGUCCAGACUAAAUUCAACAAAGAUGUGUCCGAGCAGUCCAAACAUCUCUGCACACAACAAUAAUGUAUCAAAUUGCCAUAUGAUCACUUCAACUCCAAACAAGAGAACAAGUACAAUAGAUAUUUCUGAUGUGGAACCACCAUUGAAGAAACAUGAAACUGCUGUUGUGUCUUCAUCUGGUGAUUCCAUGUACCAUUCAGAUUUGUCAAAUGUAUCAUUGAUUUGCAAUGCAAGCACUGAGAGAGAUCUGGAUAACUGUGAUAUGGAAAUGGACACUGAUAAUGCUUCUAUGUCUGAAGAACAUAUCCUGGAUGAUAUACAAUCUUUGAGAAAGCAAAGAGAGGAUGGCAGUCCUCAGAAGACAAAUUUCAGUUACUUCAAUUUAAAGUAUGAGAACAUUCAAAAAUCAGACAAUAUUUAUAUUGUUGUUGACACUAACGUUUUUAUUGACAAACUACAAACUAUAAUAGACAUUUUAAAAAUAACUUUUUGUGAUGACACCAAACCUGUGAUAUAUGUUCCAUGGAUGGUCAUUCAAGAAUUAGACUAUUUUAAGGAUGGAUAUGGGGUCAAAUCAAAACAGUUGCAGAAAGAAUGCAGGAAAGCAAUUAAAUUUAUAAAUGAAUGCUUGGUGGCCAAGAAGGAUAAUUUAAUUGGUGAAUCGGCCAUGGAGUCAGCUCAAAACCAGUACCAAGGCAGAUCCGCAGACGAUUCAAUUCUCGGCAGUUGUUUGCGCAUAGCUCAGCAGAAUACCACUAUAUUGAUGUCAAGUGAUGUUAAUCUAAGGAACAAAUGUUUAAUCAACAAAAUCGAUCCCUACUGUCCUACCAAAGUAUUGGAGUUUUUGCGGAAUUACAAGAAAACGAAAAAUCAAGUGGAUGCUAUCGAAAAUGUUUCGAAAUCAAUAUCUUUUCUGCUGUCUUAUAUAUUGAAAAGCGAUUCCUUCGUUGAAUCAUCCGAUUUACCAUGGGAGUUUAAGAAGUGCGUAUCGUACAUGAAGAAAUCUUACGAUGAUCUUUUCAGAAGUGGCAUGCAGAAACAGUGCCGCAAAGUUAUCAACGAUCUCAGCGAUUUAUUGGACAGCGAGGACAUUAAUGAACACACUUUGAUCGAACUUUCGCUGUCGCUGCUUUUAUAUUUAAAAGCCGGGAAACCCAUGUACCAAUUGAACAUACAGAAGUGCAUCGAAGAAGUUACCGACAUCAAGAAACAGUUUUAAAAUACAAAUUUCUUUAUUUCCUUUUGUUACGUUACUGAAAAUGAAAAAUUAUAUUUAUAU